GAAAAAAUUCCAGGAGGAGGGGGGGAGUUCCGACUUAUUUUGACAGCUUAAGAAAUAUUUCAUAAUUUGCUUUUACGCUUGUUGAUAUUCCAUUUUUUGUCAUGGCGGCAUAUCGCGAAAAAAUCAAUGAGCUUCAGGAGCUGCUAAAGGAAGAUAAUAUAAAUUUUAAGUUAUUCAGAAAGCAAUGUUUUAGAGGUGUACCUGAUGACAGUGGCCUCCGUCCCCUUUGCUGGAAACUUUUGCUGAACUAUUUACCACCAAAUCGUAAACAAUGGAAGGAAGUUUUAAGAAGCAAGAGAGAUUUGUACAAACAAUUCAUAGAUGAAAUGGUUGUGGCACCGAAAGAUGGAAGAACAGAUUGCCCAAGAAUUGAUGUCACCAUGGACGAUCAUCCACUUAGCAUAAACCCUGAUAGUAAAUGGCAGACUUUCUUCAAGGACAAUGAAGUUCUGUUACAAAUAGACAAAGAUGUCAGGAGACUAUGCCCUGACAUUUCCUUCUUCCAGCAAGCUACAGAUUUUCCAUGUCAACAAAUUGUGGGUGGGCCGGAUUCAGAUUCUAUUCGCCUCCACAAUAGAGUACAGUAUACAGCACUUAGUGCGGGGACUGUCGAACGCAAAGGAAUCGGGAUGAACAAAGUAUCUUACACAGUCAGAAAAGCCCAGGAAGAUUAUGCAGUGCUAUCGUCAGGACAAGAAGCUCACUGGGAAGUUGUUGAACGAAUUCUGUUCAUCUAUGCAAAACUGAAUCCAGGGCAAAGCUACGUUCAAGGAAUGAAUGAAAUUAUAGGCCCGAUAUAUUAUCUUUUUGCUACGGACGCCGAUAGCGACUGGAGAGAAUAUGCUGAAGCCGACACUUUUUUCUGUUUCACCGGUUUGAUGUCUGAGAUUCGAGAUUUCUUCAUUAAGACGCUUGACGAGAGUGAGAUGGGCAUCAACGGUCUGAUGAAUCGCCUGAUGCGGAAAUUGAAGGAGUGCGACCCUCAAGUCUGGAACAGGCUGAAAAAUCAAGAAUUAGAACCUCAGUUUUACUCUUUUCGAUGGCUGACCCUUUUACUCUCUCAAGAAUUUGAGUUGCCUGAUAUUUUACGGAUAUGGGAUUCCCUUUUUGCAGAUCAGAACCGUUUUGAAUUUCUCAUUUACGUGUGUACGGCUAUGAUAGUGCUGUUGAGAGAGAAUCUUCUAUCGGGCGAUUUCCCUUGUAAUUUGAAACUUCUUCAGAAUUUUCCGUCCAUGGAUGUCCACAUCGUUUUGGAUUGCGCUGUACAAUUAGCGCUAAGCUGUUCUCUUUCUUCGUGAGCCUCGUUCGUGUGGCUCUUAUAGGUCUAUCCGUCUUUGAUACCAGAUUGUCUGAUAUAUAUGUAUAUUGUUAACCAAAAUUUUUACGAGUUGAUUGCUACUCGUUAUCCCGUCGCCUGAUAUCUUUUUGUUGUGUGUUGUCUGUGAUUAUGCCGAGCUUGCUCGUGCUCUUCUAAGAGCCAAUAUGGACCAUGUCCAUUGUACUCUUUCUCGCCUUUUUCAUCAUCAUACACAUCAUUUUGAUCGCUUGA